UGUGUUGGACAAAGAAAGCGAAUAGCGCACGUAGAAAACGAUUGAAGUGGAAGGAGGAAAAAGGAAAUCUACCAGAUGUGAAAUGGUUGAAUGAAUGUGAAAUUUCGUUUGGAAAUCAAUGUUUUUAUGGUACACGGCCCUAACACCAAUUAAACCCUGUCCCACCGUCGAAAUCCGUAAAUUGUUGUGUUUCGGAAAAUGAUUUCGUGAACAGUGAAGUGACAUUCGAAUCCCGAGCGUUCAAGUUAAAAUGGCGAUUUAAUGAAUAAUGGUGGCUUUAUGAAAUUUUCUAGUUUCGGCAUCGACAUUAUGGAAGACAAUUCGCUAAAUCACCAGAACGGGGCCCAAAUCGGGGGGCCCCAGACCGUCUCGGUGACCAACAACAAGCAGAACGAAGAGGCCAAUCCCAAAGCACAGUAUUCAAUUCCUGGAAUAUUGCAUUUUAUUCAACAUGAAUGGGCACGGUUCGAAUUGGAAAGAUCACAGUGGGAAGUCGACAGGGCUGAAUUACAAGCCAGGAUCGCCUUCCUGCAGGGCGAACGCAAAGGCCAAGAAAACUUGAAAAAUGACUUGGUUCGCCGCAUAAAAAUGCUGGAGUACGCGCUGAAGCAAGAACGAGGCAAAUUUCACAAAUUGAAAUACGGUACUGAAUUGCAACAAGGAGAUAUGAAGCCUCCGAUCAUAGAUGAAGCGUGUGAAUCUCAAAUGGAUAUUGACCAAUCGUAUGUUGCCGUUUCUAAUUCAACAUGGAAACAAGGUCGUCAGUUACUUAGACAGUAUUUACAAGAAAUCGGUUACACCGAUCGAAUUAUCGAUGUGAGAUCAACACGCGUUAGAGCUCUUCUAGGAUUGAAUAACAACACCGAACCGGAAGAAAACCACAACGGAAGUUCGGUUAACGGCAAUGAGUCGAUUAAGCGCGCCAGCGAGACGCAGGGGAGAAGAACUCCAGCUAAGAAACCUCAACCCAGCUCAUUGGCCGAAGCAAUGAUGCUCGAUACAGAAGCGGCGGUUAUGGCCAAUUUGGACUUCCUGUCUAAUGCUGAUGUUGACAUGGAAGACGAUGAUGAUAUGAGUGAUGAUGUUGACAUUGAGCCCACUGAUGAUCUCGACGACGAUGUGAAAGUGGUGAAACGAAAAGGUAAACUGGAUAGUUUGGGAGAUGAUGUGGACGCCGAAGCCAUGGAAGUUCUAAACGAACUCAAUCUUUUGUCCGAGUCUGGAGAGCGACAGGAAUUUAAGAAUGAGCACAGCGAGUGGAAGAAAGGUUUUCAAGGUGGAGUGCCUAAGAGGCCGCUGGGCCUAAACGACGACGAUAACAUUGAUUCGGCGUUAGGGCUCGGCGAACUGGCCCAACUGACGGUAAACAAUGAUGCAGAGACUACGUACGACAUUGCCAGCAGUAAAGAGGCAUUUCGGAAGACAUGGAAUGCCAAAUACACGCUUCGAAGUCACUUUGACGGGGUCCGAGCGCUAGCUUUUCAUCCAAAUGAGUCCGUACUGAUCACAGCUAGCGAAGACCACACUUUGAAACUGUGGAAUUUGCAGAAAACUGUACCCGCGAAAAAAUCGGCAUCCCUUGAUGUGGAACCCUUGUACACCUUUAGGAAUCAUACUGGACCCGUUCUUUGUUUGGCGAUUUCCGGGACCGGAGAAUUUUGUUAUUCCGGUGGCUUAGAUGGCGUGAUAAACUGUUGGAAUGUUCCUAAUUCUAACAUAGAUCCGUACGAUUUGUUUGAACCUGACGUUCUAAACACUACGUUGCAAGGUCAUACUGACGCUGUUUGGGGGCUGUCUGUUUUAAAUUCUCGGCAGCAUUUGCUCUCAUGUGCGGCCGAUGGUACUGUUAAGUUGUGGGCACCGCAUAGCAAGGUACAAUUACUGAACACGUUCACGUCCGAACAGGACGGGAUCCCCUCAAGUGUAGAUUUCGUGAGAGACCAACCAAAUCGUAUAGUCGCAGCUUACGCUAGUUCUCAUUGUGUAGUAUAUGAUUCUGAAACUGCCAAAUCCGUCAUGCGGCUCGAAUCCAGUCAAGACAGUGUUAAUCCUAAUAAUAAGCAAAUAAAUAGAAUAGUUUGCCAUCCGACUUUACCCUUGACCAUCACAGCACACGAAGAUAGACAUGUUCGUUUCUGGGAUAAUCACACCGGCAAAAUGGUCCAUUCUAUGGUUGCUCAUCUCGAAGCUGUCACUAGCCUAGCAGUAGAUCCUAACGGGUUGUAUUUAUUAUCAGGCUCACAUGAUUGUUCAAUAAGAUUAUGGAACUUGGACAAUAAGACUUGCGUUCAAGAGAUCACUGCACACAGAAAGAAGUUCCACGAAAGCAUUCUAGACGUCGCUUUCCACCCGACUCGGCCGUAUAUUGCAAGUGCGGGGGCUGAUGGACUGGCCAAAGUGUUUGUCUGAAUUAUAAGUAAACAGGACAUCACUUAUAUUAAAUAGAUUUUGUCAAUCGAUACAUUCACUGGCUUUACUAUUUGUGUGGGUUAGGUGUACAUAAAAUAUUCUGAAGGAGUUUGUAUAUACUACAUGAUUGUACUCAAAGGCUUUUCUUACUUUAAUUUCUCAUGUUUUAUUUAUCACCAAAGUUUAGACAAACAACUUAUGUACAUGUUUCCUACACUUUGAGCUUAUAUGUGCUCACAGAAUGAUCUUGAUGUUUCGUAGGAGUUAAUUUUUGUUGUAGGAUAGUCAGCGUUCUGAUAAAUCCCAUCAUUUGCAAUUAUUUUCUUGUUUCUGGACUUGCAUACCAAAAGAAUCGCUUUUGUGUACAGCUGGCCAUACCCAAAGUGUAAGAAAAAAUUCUCAUUUUACACACAAUGUCGACGCGUUUUCUUAUUUUGUGAUAACUAGUUUCAACUCACUAAUAAAUGAAUUGCCACAGGAAAAACAUUUUUAAAAGUGUAUUAAUAGUAACGUUUUUAUAAUAGUAUUAAAAUAGCUGUUAUUUUAUUAUUUUAAGCAUAUAAUUUAUCACGUAUAUUUUUAAGUUUAAUAUAGUCCAGUGCAUAAUAGCUAAAGAAACGUAAAGUAGCAGUUAACAAUAGUAAGUGAUAAUAAGUAUAAUUGUGAAUGUAUAAAAGUGUAUUUAAAUCAUAGGAUAAUAUUUAAGAAACUGGUCUCUCUAUUAGUUAUCUGUUUUCUAAAGUCAAUAAUGUAUAUAUUAGCUUAAUCAUUUUCGGUUUUGAUAGCGAGAUUGUUGUGUUUAUGUAACUUUUUAUAGUGGCUACUAUUUAUUUUGUACACAAGUUUUAAACUGUUUAAAAUGCUUCGAAACAGAACGAUAAGUCCCGUAUGAUUUCAACAUUGUAGAUACAAAGUCAUAGGAACUACUUACACCGUCAUGUUCUAUUUUAUAAAGAAAUUUCAUGUUUGCAAUGUAUAAAACACCUGUAACUUUUUUAAAAUAACCAUAAGUGGUUACGAAGCGGUCAAAUCACAAGGAAUGAAGAAUGUAUGACUUAAUGUAUAAAACAUAAAACAAUAAACUGUAAAUACUCAA